AUGGCUGGGAACACAGGAAAAAUCCGGUAUGGAGUUCAGGAGCGGCAGACAGCAGAGAAGCCAGGCGUCCGCGAGUCAUGGAAGACAGCCUCUAAACAAGCAGGCGCGGGGGGAACCGCAGCAGGGUUUCCUGCUGGCGCGUACAAUCCCAUAUCAGGAACGUUUCAUAAUAUCGCCGGGGUGAACCCAGAUGGUUCAGGGAAUUCGCAGAACGGACGGUAUCGGUCUUUUGAAGAAGGGGACGACGCGGGGGGAGGAACUCAGGAGAGCGAUGUUCUGUCCAACAGCGGGAGUUGUUCAGGGGAGUCGGAAGAUCAAGCAGGGUUGAAAGGGCCCGGUGCCACGUCGCGAGACGGACAGCAGCAAGCCUUGGCGGCGGUCCCUGACAAGAAGGACAAGAUACGGGCCAAGAACGAGAAGAAACACCUUAGGCAGAAGGAGAAGAAGGCUCAGGAGUUGAGGGACAAGUGCACUGGGUUUCUCACCGCUCGGAAGCUCGAGAGUCUGGCGGAGCAGCUAGUAGCUAUGGGUUUUCCUAAAGACAAGUGCACGAUUGCGCUUAUCUGCAACGACGGCAACCUGGAACGGUCUGUCACGUGGUUGCUGGAGGGGCAGGAGAGCAACGGUCGAGACGCAAGUUCCGUGGGGAAUCUGAAGCUGGAUGUGUCGGAGGAGUUGGCUCGCAUGGCGCAGAUGGAGCGCGUGGAUGGGUACAACAGGACCGACAUCGAACGCGCUGUUGUGGCCUUCGAAGGGGACUUGGACAAGGCCGCUGUGUUUUUGCGGGAGAAGCACCGGGAGACGUUGGCUCAGCAGCAGCAGCAGCAGCAGCAGCAACAGCAGCAACUGCAGCAGCAACAGCAGCAACUGCAGCAGCAAGCGCAGCAGCAGCAGCAACAGCAGCAGCAGCAAGCGCAGCAACAGCAGCAGCAGCAGCAGCAGCUACUCCAGCAGCAGCAGCUACUCCAGCAGCAGCAGCAGCAGCAGCAGCGUAGGGAGGCAGGUACCAUGAUAGCUGGCUCGGUGAGCGUCGGCGUGUCCGCAGGUCCUACGAAGUUCUUAGGCAGGGGCGUCCCUCCCACAGGCGGGUUGCCUGGAUCCGCGGGCCCUGUUGGCUAUGGCUACGGGCAUGGCCACGGUCAGGCGUCGGCUCAUCCCGGCGCUCAAAUCGGACAGCCUGCGCUGAUGGCGGCGCGCAUUUACCCUGGCCCGCCUGGUAGUGGGCUGAUGGGGAGUGCUCAAGAUAGAGAGGACGAUAGGCGCUAUGUCAACGGGCAGCACGUCGGUGGUGUGUCGCACCAUCUCCCUCAGCAGCAGCAGCAGCAGCAGCAGCAGCGCGUGCUUCCUGGCAUGGGAUCGUCCGCGCACCGGCCGCUACAGCAGGGGUCAGUAGAUUCGGGAAAGAUGGUCGGAAACGCUGGGCCGUACGGAAUCAGAGCUGGUGCGGGGAUGGGCUUGGGAGGUCACCCGCAGGCCGCAUUCGCGAAGCACCAUGUGCAGCCGCCGCACCUGGUGCAAUCCGCUCCGCAGCAGCAGGCGCCGCUCCAGGCGCAGCAGGUUCAUGGUGCACAGCAGCUCUACGGUCAGCAUCCGCAGCAGCAUCAACAGCAGGCAAUGCUCAUGCAGACUCAGGCUCAGCAGAAGCAGAUGCUCGCGCAGCCGCAAGGCCUUUCUCAACCGCAAGGGCCGUACUCGCAGCAGCGACAGGCGCAGGUUCAGCCGCCGCUGCAAGUCCAGCAGCAUCAGCCGCCGCAGCAUUCGCACGCCCAGCCGCCAGGGGAGCAGGCCCCGUUGCUGCAUUUGCAGCAGAAGCAGCAGCCUGGCCCCGCAACGAAACAUCAGCAGCAGCACGUCUCGGCCCAGCAGCAGCACCCGCGUCAACCGCAGCCUAUUCCGCAGCAGCAGGCGCAAGCGUCGCAGGAAGCGCAGAAGCAACGCGAGCAGAAGCAGCGGAAUACGCACGAACCGGCGCAAGUGCAGAGCGCUCAAAAGCAGGAAAAGAAGCAGUCGCCUGCCACGACGCAGGGGCGACAGCAAGCGGGCGUCGUAACCCAGCAGCAGCAACAGCAGCAGAACCAGAGUCAGUCUUGGGAGGAUUCUGGCACAGCCCGUGGAACCGUCGGUCUUUCCGAGAAGCAAAAGCAGCAGCAGAGCGUUGAGAAAGAGCCGCAGGGGCCAGGUUCUGCGGGUCUUGGUCAGGCGUCUGGAGCUGGAUCGGGUGGGCAGGUCAGGCGCUCACCUGACGCGCACACGCAGCAGGCUGCCGCUGACUUGGUCGCAGUGUCCUCGCAACUUAGUGGAAUGGGGGUGAGCAGCUUCCAGGCUGGGACUAACCAGGUGGUAUCUGCGCAGGAUCCGUCUUCCAUUGCCAAGAGUGGUCUUUCAGGGACGCCGGGAGUGAGCCCUCCCCCAGGUAACUUUGUGGCAGCUCAAGCAGCUAGUCUGCAGCAGCAGCAGCAGCAGCAGCCGCCGCAGCAGCAGCAGCAGCAGCAGUCGCAGCAUCAGUAUCAGCUGCAGCAACAGCAGCAGCCGCUUCCGCCAAUGCAGCAGGAGCAGCAGCAGCAGUUAAGGCCAUUGGUUAGUGGUUCGCAGCAUCUGAAUUCUGGUUUUGGUGUUGCUAGUAACUCAAACGCGCUGCUGCCAACGGCGGGUGUUCCGAUCGCGUUCGGCCUUCUGAGCGGCCUGGGCGUUGCAGGUGGCGCGCCUGUGCGCCACUCCGCGGCCUCCAUGAUGCAGGCGCCUUCUCUGGGUUGGUCCGCUGCGGGUGCCAUUCCGCGUGGGCCCGCGAUUAUGGCUGGUGGGCCGCACGCGCUGUCAGAUGGAACCUGGAAAGGGUCUAUGGAAGCUGGUGCGGGUCUGCCUGCUACUCAUUCCGCACCCAGCAUCUUCCCAGGUCAGCAGGGAGACCUGUUAGCUGCACAGCAUCAUGACCAGGGUCCGCAGCAGCAGCAGCAGCCCGGAACGCAGCAGGCACAGCUGGCGCAGCAGCAGCAGCAGCAGGCACAGCACGUGUGGCAGGUCAGGGGGGGGUCCGUGGCAGCAGGAGGAGUAGGCACGAACAUGUCUGGGGGCUGGAGUCCAUUCAGUGGGGCCCCGGAUGGAUCUGACCUGCCUGGCAAGUCAGGCUUGGACCCUGCCUCUGGUCUUCCCAUGGGGCUGACCGCAGGUGCUGUGGCCUUCACUCCUGGUCAGCCGUACGUGCAGCAGAGGGCCGGGGCUGCUGGUGUGGCGAUUGGGUCGCGACAGAUGGGGGGUGUAGGCAGUGUCACCCUGGAGUCCACUGCUUCUGGUGCCUCGUCUGGUCCGUCGUCUGAACUGAUUCCACCCUGGGGCGCGUCCACCACUCUUGCUUCUGUUGACUGGAGCCUGUCCGGUGCGCCACUGGGCUCCCUCUCAACCCUCUCUCCUGCGCCUGAUGCUCCUGCAAGGUCUGCUGCUGCAGCGGGGGCGCUGAGCGCGGCAGGGUUUGGUGUGCCGGGCGCAGGAGGUAGCGGUGCGUUUGGCAGGCCCGGGGCUGCGGCUGCAGGUGGGCUGCUAUCCGCUGGGGGAGUGGCGACUGGCUCAGGUACGGCAGCUCUGGUCAGUAGCAUUCGCUCCGUAGACUGGAGUGUGUCGGGGUCCCUUGCAAACGCCAGCGGAGGGAAAGUUGGUGUGGGGGGGGUUCUGGGAGGGGGUAUGGGGAUCUGGGGUGGUGGGACGUCUGGCUUUGCUGAUCAAAGCGUGUCCAGUGGGGCUCUGGGCAGUCUUGGGGGGGGCAGUGCAGGGGGCAUGCCUUCAAGCUCGGAGCCUGUGAGGGCGUAUGAUCUGUGGGGGCGGUCCGCCAUUGCCGUGCCAAGCUCUGUGGGCACUCCCUGGCAGCAGCAGCAGCAACAGCAGCAGCAGCAGCAGGGCGCCCCUGUGCCAUGGCAGUCAGAUUCAAGCAAGGAAGGGGAUGGAGGGGGCACUAAGGAGCACACGGGUGGGGUUGCGGAGGCGAGGGCAGGGCAGCAGGUUAGUGGAGGCGGGGAUAAGAAGGCUGGUGAGGCAGUGGAGGGGCAGGAGGGGGGGAGUGAGGCGCAGAAGACAGAAGUUGUUCAGGGGGGGCAAGAGGGUCAGCAUGUGCAAGGUGGGCAUGAGGAGCAGCAGAAGGGUGUGGAGCAAGGCGGAGGGGGGCAGGGUGGGGAGGAGCGUGAGGCGGGUGAGGUUGGGCAGCAGACGGCGGGGCCAGCAGCUGACACCCAAGGGGACCAGCAGCAACGGACUGCGGCAACAGCAGGAUGGCAGCAGAAGGCAGGGUCGGAUGUUUCUCAGUCGAGUGGAGGUCCGGGAGGCAGCAAUGUUCAGGAGUGGACGUCUCCUUUUGCGGGCAAGGAUUUUACCUCUCUCUUGCAUUCUGCCGUUCCUCCCCAGUCUCUGCCUGUGCGCGAACCCAAAGUUCUCGGGGGCGCCGAGCUGACAGGAAGGGAAGCAGCGGGAAUCGGGAUGGCAGAGUACGUGGCACCCACUUGGCAGUGGUCCAUGGACUCCAUAUCACGCAAGGACUACAUGGAAGUGCGCUGGGCCACGCCACGCGCCUUCGUGGACCCAUCGCUGGCUGAGAAGAUCGUCAUCCCGCACACGGCGUACCUGCACAAGGCCAAGGCCCUCACCGCGCUCAUCACCGGGCUCUCUCUCGCCGCCGCGCCGGCACCCGCUAAGGCGGACGCCGACACGAAGGAGGCGAGCACCGACGAGAAGACAGAGGCGGCGGCUCCCGCGACUGAAACAGAGCCCAAGGAAGAGGCUAAGGAAGAGGCUAAGGAAGAGGCUAAGGAAGAGGCUAAGGAAGAGGCUAAGGAAGAGGCUAAGGAGGAGGCUAAGGAGGAGGCUAAGGAGGAGGCUAAGGAGGAGGCUAAGGAGGAGGCUAAGGAGGAGGCUAAGGAGGAGGCUAAGGAGGAGGCUAAGGAGGAGGCUAAGGAGGAGGCUAAGGAGGAGGCUAAGGAGGAGGCUAAGGAGGAGGCUAAGGAGGAGGCUAAGGAGGAGGCUAAGGAGGAGGCUAAGGAGGAGGCUAAGGAGGAGGCUAAGGAGGAGGCUAAGGAAGAGGCUAAGGAAGAGACGGAGGAGACUAAGGAGGAAGAUAAGGAGGAAGAUAAGGAAGAGGCUAAGGAGGAGACUGCGGAAGAGAUUAAGGAAGAGGCUAAGGCGGAAGAGGCUACGGAAGAGGCUAAGGAGGAGGCUAAAGAAGAGGUAAAGGAAGAGGCUAAGGAAGAGACUAAGGAAGAGGCUAAGGAGGAGACUAAGGAAGAGGCUAAGGAGGAGACUAAGGAAGAGGCUAAGGAGGAGACUAAGGAGGAUGCUAAGGAAGAGGCUAAGGAAGAGGCUAAGGAAGAGGCUAAAGAAGAGACUAAGGAGGAGACUAAGGAGGAGGCUAAGGAAGAGACUAAGGAAGAGACUAAGGAGGAGACUAAGGAGGAGGCUAAGGAAGAGACGAAGGAGGAGGCGAAGGAGAGUGCGAAGAAAGAGGAGGCCGUUAAGGAGAGCGCGAAGCCAGCGGCAGCAGGCGGCGAGGUGCUGCUAGCGGACGGCACGGCGGUGCCGUACGACGUGCUGGUGAUCUGCACGGGCUCCGAGCCCUACACCACCACCACCCGCGACGACCGCCUCAAGUUCUACGCGCAAGGUGUGUCUGUGCCGUCCCCGCCUCACCGGCGCUGUGUGCCAGGAGCAGAGAACGAGAAGCUGAAGGCGGCGAAGAGCGUGCUGGUGGUGGGCGGAGGGCCGGCGGGCGUGGAGCUCGCGGCGGAGGUGCUCACGGACAUGCCGGGCAAGAAGAUCACGGUCGCGCACGGCGGAGCGCGCGUGUGCGAGUUCCUGAAGCCCAAUGGCAGCGAUAAGAUCCUGGCGUGGCUCAAGGGGCAGGGCGUCGACGUGCUGCUGGGCGACCGCGUGCAGGCCUCCUGGGAUCAAUUCGGCAGCAGCGGCACGCUCAAGACGGACGCGGGCAAGGAGCUGACCGCGGACUAUGUGGCCAUCGCUGUGGGCGCGCGCCCUCACACCGCCUGGCUCACAGACGCACUAGGCGCAGCAGUGGAGGAUGGGCGUGUGAAGGUGGACUCGCACCUGCGUGUGGAGGGCCAUUCCAACGUCUUUGCCAUCGGCGACAUCACCAACAUAAAGGGCCUUGCCCAGAUGCCCUUUGGCACAUUCAUGGGGUGGUUACCCACCAACAUGAAGAGCAAGGGACUCUUUGUGAACAAGAUUAGGGGUGAGCUGGGGGUCAAGUAUGACGAUAAGAGCAGUCGCUCGAACCGCCGAGCCGCCAUAGCUCUCGUUCUAGUAAUCGCCAUUGCGGGCGUCACGGUUUCCCUGAUUCUCGCGUGCUCCACCAGCGGCUCACUCUCGCCGCGCCGCCUUCGUUUCAGCGAACCCGAACCGCCGUACGGCUCGACAGCGGCGGACUGGAAUCGAGAACAGAGCCCGGCAGACGGUGCCGGUAGUAACAGAUCUGCUUUUAGCGGGGAUGAAGGGGACGACGGGCCUGGGACUCCUUCCGCGGGUAGGGGCUGGUGGGGACUGACGCGAAGCGCGCAAGCGAAAGCUUCCGCGGCGGCAGCAGCGGCGUCUGCCGAGGUGCGCUUACUGCUGAGUCUGUUCCGCGUGACGGCGCUGGGGCAGCGCCUUGCGGAAGCCGCCACGCUGGAAUGCACGGAUGCUGCCGCCCGCGCACCUGAGUCGCAAGCCAGCCUCGCAUCCCCUUCCGCCACUGCCGCGGCGGCUGCGGCGGCGGCGGCAUCCGGAUCGCUGGGAUCCUCUUCCGCAUCGCCUGGGUCUUCCGCCGGUUUCGGCGCAAGCGCAGACUCAAUCGCGCGCAUCGGGGCAGACGGGGGAGAUUUCGCAGAAGGUGGUGCCCUCCCCGGCGCGCACCCCGCCAACGGCGCAUCAAGCAGCGCGCGUUCCGCGUCCGCGGAGCGCACAGUUGCGUGCAGCGCGCGGGAGAGGGCGGCGGGCGCGCCCCUGGCGGCAGUAAAGGCGCACAGAGUAUCCGCGGAGGACGAGGUGCUGCUGGCGCUGGUGCGGGGGAAGAAGGCGGAGAGGGAGCAGAUCUCACUAGGCGUGACGGACCCUGCUAUCGCAUUCCUCUUCCUCGCCCCGCCCAAUGCUGCCCUGCCGUCCCCAGCUGUUUGGAACCGGUUCUUCGAGGGCCACGAGGGGAAGUACAACGUGUACGUGCACGCGCACCCGGGUGUGCACUCACAGACGCUCUUCUUUAAUGACUCCCUCGUGCGCGCUCACCAGUACAGGGAGGGGGACAUCACGGCAGUGGAUGCGUUGAGGAGGCUCCUAGCCCCCGCUCUUGCUAACCCUCGCAACUUCCGCUUCCUCAUCCUCUCCCCCUCCUGUGUGCCAGUGCGCAACUUCACCACGGUGUGGCGCUACCUCAUGGCCUCGCCCCUCGCCUACCUCCACAGCUCCGACCCAGAGCCCUCCCCAUCCGCCUACUCCCCGCACAUGGCUCCUGACGUCCGCCCCCUCCAAUUCACCGCCGGCUCACAGUGGAUGGCGAUCACGCGGCGCCAUGCAUACGCCAUAGUGGAGGACCGGGCAGUCUACGCCAAGUUCGCUGCCUUCUGCCAGAACGACCGCUGGCACCACCACUGCAACCCCGCCCAUCACUACGUCCCCACUCUCCUACGAGUGACAUGGCCGGACAGGGUGGCUAAUAGAUCAGUCAUCUACGCACACUCACCCUCCUCUCACCUCCUUGCUCCACCCACCCUCACCCCCUCGCGCAUCUCCUCCCUCCUCCUGCACAACGUGCAAGAAGCGAAUCACUACUACACAACGAGUCAAGCCAGUCAUACAUCUGUGCGGCGCUGCAUCGUGGAUUCCCGCCCCGCAAAGUGCUUCCUCUUCCUCUCGGGCCUCACUCCUGCUGCUGUCGACCGAUUCAACUCUCUGCCACUCCCACUGCUCGGUUAUUGA